AUGUCUGCCUGCAGUGGCUGCAGGUCACAGGCCAGGCUGGUGGUCUCGCAAAUCACCACCGCGGCCACCGCGGCACCGAGAGCAGCAGCGGUAGCAGCUCUUGCGACGAGGGCGACGAGGAGACAGCAACAAGUCGUCAGCACGGCGGGAGAUGGUAACAGAAUGAGCGCCAUGAGGAGAGGACAGACGCGCGACCUGAGUACCACGGCUACCAGGUCGUUGCUAGACCUCGGCAGGGGACGAGGGGCGUACUUUGUGGUGGGAGCCACGGAAAGGCUGUAUACCGUGUGCGGCGAUGCUGCCAAUUACGAGAUAGCCGAGGAUGUGCGCAAGGCGGACGAAGUCGAGAGGUUGGAGGACGGAGAGGAGGUUGGACGAUCAAUUGCCAAGCGGAAAGUGUGGCACGAGUUGUUCAACCUACCCCCGACUUUCAGCACAUGGUCUCACGUCACGAUGCUGCACCUGUACAUCCUCAACGCCCGCCUCCGCUGCUUCGACCGCGAGGAGUUCGCCAACUGGCGCCAACAGCUGGUCGACCACUUCUUCUUCGAGGCCGAGCGCAAGAUGCACAUCGACCACGGCAUCACGUCGAGCGCCCUGCGCCAGCGCUACCUCAAGGACAUAUUCGUGCAGUGGCGCGGCGUCAUGGUCGCCUACGACGAGGGCCUGGUCAAGGGCGACGCCGUCCUCGCCAGCGCCGUCUGGAGGAACCUGUUCAAGGGAGACCCCGAAGCCGACCCCCGCGCCCUGGCCGCCAUCGUCGGGUGGGUGAGGUCCUCCCUCAAGAGCCUCGAGUCCACGUCGGACGCCAAUUUCGCCUCUCGCGCCGUCGAGAUCCUCGAGCUGCCCGUCGAGAGCUUCUGGACCGGUAUCGAGAAGGCUUCGAAGAUGUCCCAUCAACAGCAGCAGCAGCAGCAGCAGCAGCAGUCCCACAAGCCCGCCGCUGCUUCUGCUCCCCGGCAGGCUGACAGGAAGAAGAAGUGGCCUGUCUCUCGUUGA